GUUUUGCUCCAUUAAACCCCCUACUGCCAAGAGGGAACUUUAUAUAAACAUCUUUCAACUAAAAUAGUUUCAUUUCUGCUUUUCUAUCUGAUAAAAGCCAUUCCAGAGCCAUUGGUGGAGGAGGCAAGAUGGGUCGAUUCUCCCUUCCGCUCUUUGUGAUAUUGGGUUUCACACAUUUGGUUGGUGCACAGGUUUCAGGUCAUAUUCCAGAGCCACAGCAGGUGAACUUCAAGUCGAAUGACUUCUUCAACGUUUUACAGUGGCGGAAAGGCAGUCACAACAGCAUGAAUGCAGUUUACAACGUGGAAUACAAAAUGUAUGGAGAGAAGCACUGGAAUAACAAGACAGAAUGCUGGAAGAUUCAUCACAUGUUCUGUGAUCUAACACAAGAGACCAGACGUUUCAUGGAGCCACACCUUGCACGAGUUAAAGCCCUUGAGGCCAAUGGUCAAUCAAACUGGGCCAUGAGUGCAACGAUUAUACCUUUUUGGGAAACUGUCAUUGGUCCACCAAGGAUUAAACUCAUACCCAAGGCAAGAUCGAUACUGGUGAAAAUGCUUCCUCCUCGAACGCCUUUCAGAAAGAAAAAUGGCUCCUGGAUUACAUUGGAUAAAAUAUACAAUGGCAUUGAAUAUCUAAUAGAAAUUUCAGGCAAUCUGGUGGAAAAUAGAUCCGACUUAUAUACAGCAGCUGGCAUCACCUUGAGCGUAUGGAACCUGAAACCAAAAGCAACUUACUGCGUCCGCGCCCAAAUUAAGAUCCUCCUUUUCAGCAAAGUCAGUGACUACAGUGGAAAGAAAUGUGUGACAACAUUUUAGGAUAACCAAUAAGAAGUCGUAAUGGAAAGGCAACAUGGAAGAAGAAUGUCUGAAUGCACUUUUAUCAACUUCAUGAUCAAAUCAACAAAAGAAAAAAAUAUCAAAAAUCGUUUCUUAUUUCUUUGUGGCAAAUGAGCAGACGGCCGAUAUAAAAAGUUCAAAUUGUUUAAAUUCAAUGUUAGUUUACUGAAAAUCACAAUCUUUAUUUUAACUGGAGUAUUUGUAUUAAAAUUAAGUUUAAAGAUGAUUAUUUUAACUGUGUGCUACAAAUCACUCUAUGUAUUUUGGGAAGAUCUAUACUUCAAACUAUCAUUCAGACGUAGUAGAUUUUAAUAAAAUUAACUUUGAAACAUUA